UAUUACCUUUGUUAGCUUAAUUUCAAUGGUUACACAUAUGCACUAAGUAUAGUGCGUGUAGUUAUACAAAUACAAAGCUAUUACUAUUCACCACAAUUAAAACGGAACAAAUUUUCUCUGUUCUAUUUUCAAGUCACACGAGCAACAGGUGGUCUGGAGGUUGUCUCUUCGGGUAGUACACAUCAGACUUCAGUUGUAUAUAAUUAUAAAGACUGCUGUUAUAAAUAUUGCAAUUAUUGCUCAUGGCCAACACGAGCGAAGUAAGAACAACAAAAAGUAAUACACUGCCUGGAAGUGCUUCAAGUAUAGUUCCUGCGCCCUCAUCCAACUUAAAUCUUAUGGAACCCUCUCAACUGCUCCCACCGGAUGAGGUCGAUUUGUUAAAAAUGGCGACUCACGAUCACAGCUCAUCAAAACUGCAAGGAAAAGUUGCCCUUAUUACUGGUGGUAGCUCAGGUAUUGGAGCAGUCACCGCAAUUCACUUCUCAUCUCUGGGCUGUAAAAUUGCAAUAACCGCAAGGUCAUUAAGAGGACUUGAGAAGACUGCGCAAGAAUGUAAUGAUGUUUUGACCAUUGAAGCAGAUGUUAAUAAUGAUGCAGAUGUGAAGCGCAUGGUUGAUUCAACCAUUCAACACUUUGGACGUCUGGACAUUUUGAUCAACAGUGCUGGGAUUCUCAGCAGGGGUACGAUUGAAACGACAAGCUUGGAAGAUUACGACAAAGUCAUGAAUACAAAUAUGAGAUCCGUAUUUCAGCUAACACAACUCUGCAUUCCCCAUUUGGUUAAAACUAAAGGUUGCAUUGUAAACGUUUCCAGUGUGACAGGAAUGAGAUCGUUUGCAGGAGUGUUACCUUAUUGCAUAUCAAAAGCUGCAAUGGAUCAAUUCACGCGGUGUAUUGCACUAGAACUAGCAGAAAAACAAGUUAGAGUAAACAGCGUCAAUCCAGGAGUGAUUAACACUGGUAUGCAUACGCGAGGGAUUGAGCCUUUGGACCAAAGUACAUUUGAAAAGUUCUUGGAACGCAGUAAAACCACGCACGCGUUGGGUAGAGUUGGCGAACCCGAGGAAGUAGCGAAGACCAUUGCAUUCUUGGCCUCGAGCGAUGCGAGUUAUAUCACUGGCGCGACCAUUCCAGUUGAUGGCGGCCGCCAUGCAAUGUGUGCACGUUGAUCAGAAAUUGUUUUGAUCAUUGAUAUAAAUAAACCUUGAUUGCUCAUCCAAUAAAAACACAACUUAAGGGACCAAGAUAGCAGCCAUGUUCUAUUUAAUGUAUCUCUAUAUAGAUCAGUGACACAUCUAGCCAAUCAGAAAACAGUCAAGAUAGAGGCGAAAGCCUUCAAAAUUGUACAUCUAAACAGCAGCAAUCCGGGUUUAUUCAUAUUGAUGGUAAAUACACACAUAUAUUAAUCAGCAACCGGUUGUUCAAAAGUUGAUUAGCCAAUCUCGGGAUUAGUAACGCAAAUAGACAAAUCAAAUUUAAAUUUUUUUCAAAAAAAU